AUGGUUUACCCUCGCAUCGUAGGUUGCUCUUCGUACGGCUACCGUGCAAUCUCGACGACGCCCGACCUUCGUCUUCGCCGCGACGACGUCGUCGCCUUGCGAGUGCGCCAGCGCUGGCUGAGCUCGUCGUCGCGGACACCCGACGAGCUCAACUCACACAACCUCCCUGACGAUCCCGCCGACCCCUCUACCCUUUCCUCGCCGCACGAGGCGACGUCGACGGUCGCCUCCCGCCAACACGGCGCUGAGGCGCUGGCCUUGUCGACAGACGCGUCGACGUCGGCGCAGUGGCGUGAGAGUGCCGAGUACGCUGUCAAAACGCCCCUUCCCUCCCACCACCAUGUCCCCGUCGCCCUGCUGCCGCGCGACGUGUCGCUCGUUGCCCACCGCCGUCGCCGUUGCCGUUGUGCCGUGCUCGCGCUCUACACGCGACUCUCCAGCUCGGGGAAGCAGGGGACCCAGCACGGCCGCGACGUUGCAAGGUUGAUGACAAACAUCGCCGCAAGGGGUAUUUCACCCGAUGUCUUCACACUCUCCAACGCGCAGAUGCCCGUCCCGGCAUUCUUCACGCCACAAGACAUACGUAGCAACGUUAGACCGAGUCGGAAUGAGGGUACCGCCGCUUUUACAGAUAGCAUGAGGCGCAUCCCGCUAAGGGGCGGAUGCAGGUACUUCGUAGAAUUCCCGGCCCCCCGAGGCGCGUGCGGGCCCUCUCGACGUUUCCCGCUACCCCCAAACCGCCGGAGGCAUGCGCGCGCACCCUCGGUGAAGGACGCGACAGGGGUGGGGUACCCCUUUCCCCCAACAGAAUACCCGCGCGACUGCAGGGAGGGGUUGCGCAAGCCCUUUCGCUCGAAAUAUGGAAAUGCUGAUACCGUCGUUAAGGUAAAUUUCUCCGACCUCAAACCGCCGGAGGCAUGCGCGCGCAUCCUCGGUGAAGGAUGCGGAAGGGGUGGGGCACCCCUUACCCCCGUAGCAUACUACCUGCACGACGUCGGGGAGGGGUGCUGCAAGCCCUUUCGGGCAGAAAGGGGUUAUGACUUGGCAGUUCUCGCUGACCUCAAAUCGCCGGAGGCACGCAUGCGCGCCCUCGGUGACAAACGCGGAAGGGGUGGGGACGAUGAGAAAGGGAUCCCGGACCGCGAGAUACGUCUCGCGCGAUACGGCGGAUGGAUACGGAAGGCACGCGGCGAAGGUGGGAGGCCGUGGCAGUCGCGUAUGCGGCGGGAGGGAUGCGCGGUGGGGUCUCCGCGCCACCCCCUCCAUUCUCGUCUCGGCCGCUACCGCUGCGGGGAGUUCUCCGGAAGCUGGGGAAAGUGUCGGUGA